ACCAAUUUACAAGAGUACAAGUCUUCACUCCCUCACUCCAUUCUCUCCUACCUUGCCUUACCUUUCUCACAAGUCACAGCGUCCCAUUUAUUUCACCCUGCUAAAGAUUGCAAGAAAUAUUUUAAAGCCUUUGACUUUUUAUAAUUCAAGAUUCAAUCUUUUGGUCACAAAUCAAAGGUAUUGUGAGAGUCAGGGAUAGCUCUGAUUGGUUAGAGCUUCCCACUCGAUUUUAGGUGAUCUGGGAUCGAUUCUCAUCCCGUCCUUGUGGCUCAUUCGCACCAAAAAAAACAAAAAACAAAUCAAAGAUAGUCUAUGAGAUAUUACCUUUGAAGUGUCUGCUUAUGCGGCUUUUCAUUAUAAUGUCAGAUUGUCUACCUACUUGCCCUUCAUGGACGGUGUAAUUGAAGCACACAAGGAAAAUCCACUUGAUCACACCUUGGAAUGGAGCCUAUGGCAACUUCUCGAUUCCUUGUUGCCAACAGGUGGUUUUGCACAUUCAUUUGGCCUCGAAGCUGCAAUACAAGCUCGUUUAGUCAGUAACUCUGAAGAUCUUGAGACUUUUGUGAUCCAAUUAUUGCAAAAUACAGGGAGCUUACUCCUCCCUUUCAUACAUGCUACUACUCUAUCACAUGAUAUAGUGUCUUGGCAUAAGCUUGACAGGAUGUUAGAUGCAAUGCUAACCAAUGAGGUAGCUCGCAAAGCAUCAACUGCCCAAGGUUCAGCUCUACUGAGAAUUGCUGCAGCAAUGUUUACAGAAUUGCCCUCUUUGAAAGCCAUGAGAGAACAAUCAUUGGGUGGUCCGGCUAUUUCUUUCCACCAUGCUCCCGUCUUUGGACUCGUUUGUGGGCUUCUUGGGCUUUCACCUGAUGUCUCUCAGCGGGCUUACUUGUUCAUCACACUCAGAGAUGUAAUCUCUGCUGCAACUAGGCUGAACUUGAUCGGACCUCAGGGUGGGGCUAUUUUACAGCAUAGACUGGCUUGUACAGCUGAGAAGAUUUUCAACAAAUGGAGAAAUCGUAAUGUCGAGGAUGCAUGUCAAACUGCACCUCUGAUUGAUGCUGUGCAGGGCUGCCAUGGCUACUUGUUCUCUAGAAUGUUCUGCUCAUAGAUGAGUUCUCAAUAUGUUAUGGGUAGAAACUCCUAAGAUAUACCUAUACUAAUUUAGAGGUCACAGUGGCAUUUUGGGUUAUUCGUGCGUAACUUAUUCUAUAAACUUUCUAAAAUACCCCUUAUUUUUCCGCAGAUUCCUAAAAUGACCGUCAGUUUUUCAAGUUACAAAAUGUGCCUGGUGAUACUCAUGUAAUGGGAAAAUUGUCCAAUGCAAGAGCUCCUUCCUUUGCUUUUCUUUUGGAACGGGGGUUUAUACAUCUUUGUACAAUUGGCACGAGCUCGCCCGUCUCCAGUGGUUUAUGCAAGGUUGCGGGACUUAAUAACUCAUAUCUCGAGCCCAAGCAUUCGACUCCACUCGCUACUUUGAGGUAGAGAUCUAAACUCUUAAAGUGGGACCAAUGUUACCAUUCCAACAAAAAAAAAGAAUCACGAGCAUUUUGCUUGGUGAAGUUACAAGUAAUAUGGUAAUCAUCUAACUUGUCUUUCAGGAUUUUCUUGGGGGCUACUUGGUGUUUUUUUAGAUUGUUGUGAUCUAAAACUUGCUGAGAGACAUAAUAACAUCCACUUUGAAUGCAGUGUUCACCUUUCUGUUGUGUAUGCUGAUGCUAAGAUACUCCCAUUUAAUACUACUACUUGUUUUUACUCUUCUUGUCAAAUUGUAAUUUAAAUUGUACUGUCUAUUUGUAGACAUCUUAAAUUCUGGAUCAAUGAGCCGAAAGCCUGAACAUCAUUUUCUUUUGCA